UGGGCUAGAACAGGGACUGAUGUCUGUGGCAAACAUGGAAUCAUAGAAUGGUUAGAGUUGGAAGGGACCUUAAAGAUCAUCGAGUUCCAACCCCCCUGCUAUGGGCAGGGACACCUCCUCUAGAGCAGGAAACAUGCCUUGGCACCAACACCUCUUCAGAGCUCAGUUCUUUUUGGGUCCCUGACACAUGCCAGCAGUGCACAGCUGGGGCCCCAGGCAGGAGCUUGUCCCCAAAGUGCUCACACCCAUGGGGACUGACAGGACUCCGAGCCUCUGCACUGGCUAGUGAUUAAAUCAACUUUGCUCUCACUUCCCGUAUUUCACUUCUACCUCUUGUUUGGCAAUAUUUUGGGGAGGGGGAUGUUUUAACUUUUCUCUGUCAGUCCUGGGGGUAGCUGAGUUAGCAUGGGAGGAAAGACGAGCAAGUAUUUGGCACUAUGACCCAGGGCAAGUCUCCUCGGUUGCAAAGACACCUGGGUGUUGCUUCUUUCACGAUUACGUUUGCUUUCAUGAGAUGUGUUCUAGCUUAUCAGCUUUGGAUAGCAAAGUUCAUGGUUUGUGGCCAGCCAGAAGCGUGUCAGGAAGUGAGAAAGGAGGGGAGAUGAACUGCAGCAUGAGAGACGUAGAGCCAGCCAUGGUGUUGUAGGAGACGGCUGUGAUUUGGAUGAGCAAAGAGCCCAAGAGCCCGACUGUCUCUGUUUUGAUUCAAGUUUUGGAGCCUGGACCGAGACCUCUGCAGUGACAGUGAUCGCGAGCCAGCAAACCUGCCUGCACCCUUGGGUCUUCACCAGCAGAAAGGAAUUGUGCUGACAUCCAACAACUGGCAAUGACCCUCCAUCACAUCAGCAUCCCCUUAAGAACUGGAAAGAGUUGCUGAACUAGAGGCAGAAGCUGACUGACCGUCCCUGACAGAUGACAGCUGACCAGCAAUCCGAAUCCUUCAAGACAGAGGUGUGCCCACCUACCUCCCAGCUGCAGUUGAGCGGAAUGACCUGCCUGUGGCUUCCUAGAGGGGAAUGAUUGCUCUCCGUGCUUUUCUUUGUGCCUCCUUAGCCCAUCAGCAGGCUCAGACAUCUCAGCGAGACUCUCCCCCGAUCCCCACUGGGCAUGUCAGCUUCCAAUACAUCUCAGCCAUGCCACGAUUACAGGUUAAACCACCGCCUCCUCCUGCCUGGCUACAUCCUGGUAUCCAUUACAGGUCUGGUGCUGAACGUGUUGGCUCUAUGGAUAUUCAUCCGCUACCUGCGCCUGAAGUCUGUGGUCAUGAUCUACAUGUUCAACCUGGCCGUGAGCGACCUCACCUUCACGCUUCCUCUGCCACUGCGACUCUACUACUAUUCCAACCACUACUGGCCCUUUGGGAACACCCUGUGCCAGGUCUCUGGCUCCGUCUUCCAGAUCAACAUGUAUGGUAGCUGUCUUUUCCUCAUGUGCAUCAACCUGGAUCGCUAUGUCGCCAUCGUCCACCCCCUUCGCUGGCGCCAUCUGCGGCGCCCCAAGGUGGCUAAGCUCCUUUGCCUGAUGGUCUGGGUUGUGAUCUUCAUGGGAUCCAUCCCCACAGCGAUAGUCCACAAGCAAAACCACUGUGAGGCAGAUAACCAGACCGUUUAUCUGUGCUUCGAAAGCUUUAGUGAGACCAUGUGGCAGAAGAACCUCUUUCCUCUAGUUGUCCUGGCUGAAAUCUUGGGGUUUCUCCUGCCUCUCAGCACUGUAACAUACUGCUCGAUUCGGAUCUUUCAGGAGCUCUGCCAGGACAACCAGACGAAGACCCUGCGACAGCAGAAGACCAUCCGUCUCCUCGUGGUCAAUCUGGUCAUCUUCAUCAUCUGCUUUGUGCCCUACAACACUACCCUGGCAGUUUAUGGGAUGAUAAAGGCCCAGGUGAUUAAUGUUAACAAAGGCACUCAGACCUCUGUGCGCCAAGUGUUAAUUUCCACAAUGCAGUUGGCCAGCAUGAACUGUAUGCUGGACCCCUUGAUCUACUACUUUAGUACUGAGGGUUUCCAUAAUACCCUUAAGAAACUGCGGCGGGGACAAGCCUGGGACUCAGAUAUAGGGACGCUUAGGAGUCGGGUUGUGGGGAGUAAGUCAACCCAAGAUCAUGCUGUCUCAAAAGCUCCCAGUUCAAAGAAGUUCCCAGCUGAAAACUUUAUCCGUCCCAGCGAAUCUUUGCCAUCACUUCCUGCUGCUGUAUUUUUGAACGGCCCUAUUGAAGACUCGGAAAUAUAACCAUAGAAAGGUCGUACCGUUGCUAGGUCACCCAUUCGAUAACUACAGCACGACUGUGGGAAACAGCUCAGGGUAACUUAGCAAACUCUUUGAGGGAGCCCAGCAGACUGUACGUGGCUGAUCGUGAUGAUAUAAAGCUGAAGAAUGAGAGGUUGUUUUGAAUAAACGGAGAUGUUUUGGUGACGUGGUCCCACCUGACUCUUUUGGUACAGGAAACAUAGUGGGGAAGAAGGGC